CUGAAAUCCUUCAAGAAGUUUGUCUGAAACAAGCAAAGGUGUAAGCCUUAUGGGAUAGAAUGAUUCAGGAAGUUGGUUCUUCUGCUGCUGCAUUGGUGUCUAAAGCAUUGCAUUUAGCUGCUCAAAAUCUUUAGGAAAUUGAAGAACAAUAAUGGCUUCUUUAACUUCAGUAAAGAUGUUGCUUCCUACUAUGCCACAUUCAACUGGGAGACAUAAAGCUUCAGAUCAGCUGCGCUCCAGGUGCUUCGAUAGAUUAUCAUGUGAAGGAGCAUCAUCUCGUCGCGAGCUUGUUUUAAGAUGUGGUGGAAUUUCAAUAGCUUCAUGUGUAAUGCUGAAUUGGGUAUUAACACCAUCACCAGCUUGGGCUGAAGAGGAAUCAAAUUCUCGGGAGGAUAAGAAUGAAGGUGUGGUCGGAGCCAUAAAAUCCUUGUUUGAUCCCAAUGAGAAAACAAAGUCUGGGAAAGUGUUGCCAAAAGCAUACUUGAACUCAGCAAGAGAUGUGGUCAAGACAUUGCGUGAAUCGCUGAAGGAAGAUCCCAAGGAUAUGGUACAGUUCAGAAGAACUGCAGAUGCAGCAAAGCAGUCUAUUCGAGACUAUAUAAAUAAUUGGAAAGGGCAAAAGACAGUCAUAAAUGAGGAAUCGUAUGUCAUGCUUGAGAAAGCAAUAAGAGCUUUGGCAAACUUUUACUCUAGAGCAGGCCCGUCUGCACCUCUGCCAGAGGAAAUCAAGUCUGAGAUUUUAGGUGAUUUAAACACUGCGGAAGAGUUCUUGUAAAGUGAGCAACUUCCUGAUUUAUUUUACAUAAUUGUGGAUGAGAUGUCAAGCAUGAUGAGCCUUAGCUUUGUUGAUUCUUUUUUCCUGCUCAUAUAAUUUUGCAGGUGUUUUCUGUUGGUUGUACAUGUUAGGAUCUGUUAUACAUUAAUUUCCCAAAAAACUUAAUUUGGUUUCCA